AUGGUGCGGCGCCUCGACGGGGCCAUGCAGAUGCUGGCGGCGGUCCAGGACAUGUGCGGGCAGCAGCGCAAGGUGAUCGCCGCGCAGAAGGACGCGAUAGCGGAGCUGGAGCGCGAGUGCGGCGAGGAGGAUGGUGCUGGCGCGGGCGCCGAGGCCGACGAGGAGGACGAGGAGGACGAGGAGGACGAGGACGAGGAAGACGGCGAGGGGAGGGCCGAGGAGAUGUUGCGGCUGCUGCAACAGGCGGACCAGAUGACGCGCACUCUCCAGGCGCUGCAGUCGGCGGCCGGCGCCGCGGUGCCCCCCGCGCCACCCGAGCCGCCGGAGCCGGCCGCGGCGGACGGCCGCGGCCGCGGCGAGGACGACGAGGCGGUGAUGGCCCGCCUCAUGAGGCUGCAGGCCGAGAAGCAGCGCUUCGAGGGGAUGCUGGCAGAUUCGCAGCAG